CAUUCGAAACGAAAACCGUUGAAGAAACAUGGCACCAAACGGGUUCGAUUUGGAGAAAAUUCGAAGAGAAUUCACGGCAGCCCUUCACGAAGAUGGUACAAUAGAUCUGGACCACUAUUUAUGCGGGCAUUGUGAGAUAACAAGAUUGCUAUCACUCCUGGGCACGGUGUUCGGGUUUGUUGCGUCCGACAUGAAAACCAAAUGCAACAUCAUCGACAGCCAUCGAGAGGACCACCCCGAGGAAUUCACCACCGUCCAGACUAUGAUCGAUUACGAGAUGCGGGAGAACCUCACGGCGCGGAAGGACGAGAAAGGGCGCGACAGCGGCUGCCGGACUUUCCUCCGACUCCACAGAGCGCUCGAGUUCUUCUGCGUCCUCCUCAAACGGCUGAAACCCGCCAAGGGGACGGACCCAACGUCGACUCUCACGUCGAAAACGUACGGGGAGACGCUCGGGAAGUACCACCCGUGGGUCGUGCGGCAGAUGGCGUACCUCGCGAUCAAGACAUUGCCGAACAAGCAGCAGCUCAUUCACCGUUAUUGUUUGCAAGACGCGGAGGAAGCGCAGGCACUAGUUAUACUCUCCCUUCAAGCGAUGGAGGUGGUCUACGACAAAACGCAGGAUAUCUUGGCGCACCACGAUCUACUCAAUUUACCUUAACCCCUUCUAAUAGCCACAAACCAUAUUUAUAUAAUAUAUGUACACCUAAAAGCAACUGAAUUUUAUGGUGGGGAAUAAAAUUUGUGUAAAAUGUCAAUGCCUAGCGUCAUUUUUGCAAGUCUUUUUCCAGUGUUGAUGCCCUCUUCUGCCAAAAAAGAACUUGUACGAGUACUAGUAAUUGAAUUGUUUAUAUUAAGAUUGCAUAUUUUUCACAAUAUGUAAUGUUCAUGUAUGUUGUGAAACGCCUUUUUCCCGUAGACGAUAGAAAAGGGUUUGCCGCACAGACGCAGUUUGACCUUUGACCUUCGAUUGGGGAUGGGCAGUAUGCAUAGACCAAACCCCUUGAGCCUAGCAGUGGCAAGGGAAAAUGAUGUGCUAUGCCUAGAUGGCAAUGCAAGCUGAAUUCUAUUACGUAGGCUGGUAUGACCAACUGCAAGUGCUAUGAAAUGGUUUUUCUAUCAGACUAUGGAUUGAUUGUUUCUUUUCUUCUUUUUCUUUCAUUGUCCGUAUUUGACACCCUUAUUAUUAUUAUGAACUGUAUCGCACAGAAACCAUACCAGUUAUUGAGGCUUUAUAUACUAUUAUCUUUCAUUGUACCCUAGAGCUAUUCAGAAUUUUGAUGAAAAUAAUGUUCUAUUUUUAUUUUAUUGAACUUUCAUCAAUGCCAACUACCACAUCUUAGCAGCAUAUACGCACGUGUUUUACCAAGUUGCCCAUAAAAAGCAAAAGUUAUUGAAAAAUGAAAUUUUUAGAGAGUAGGUAUGUACACGUAUGUGAAGCCUCAAGUUUUGCAAGCGGUAUAUUCAUCCUGAAGACGACAAGAACACACUUGUCGAAACUUUGAGGUCCUUUUCAGGACCAACAAUGCCCAGGAAUGAUACACGGUGUACCGUGAAACCUACUACACUAUUCUUCUUCAACAUGGAAACAUUCAGAAGUUAAAUAAAGAAUGUAUUUGUUGUGUAGCAAAGAGAGGGAAAAUGAUGCUUCCUAUGUUUCAAACCAAGACAUACUGUAAGCUGAGAUCUCUUUCUUUGGUUUAUUAAAUGACAAGUCCACCCCAACAAAAAAUUGAUUUGAAUAAAAAGAAAAAUUAAACA